AUGGAAUCCCUUUGGAAACUCUUGUAUUUGCUUGAGCCUGCACCUGUUACACUUAUCACUACAGCUGUGGCUGUGACAUUUGGAUCUGCAUUUCGAGCUCUAAAUUAUGGCAAGGAAAUGGAGCGUAAUCGUGACUUAUCCGAAGCAUCCAUUACAUUGGAUAGGUCACAAGCAUUGAUGAUCCCUGUGAUGAGCUCUUUUAGCUUACUUUUGAUGUUCUACUUGUUCUCAUCUGUCUCGCAGCUUCUCACUGCAUUCACUGCGAUUGCCUCGGCGUCUUCCCUUUUCUUCUGCUUGUCUCCUUAUGUUGCCUAUUUGAAGACACAGUUUGGUUUGGCCGAUCCAUUUGUUUCACGAUGUUGCUCAAAAUCUUUUACACGACUCCAAGCAAUACUAUUGAUAGUGUGCUCUUUCAUAGUGGCGUCUUGGCUUGUUUCUGGUCAUUGGAUACUGAAUAAUUUAUUAGGCAUUUCUAUAUGCAUUGCAUUUGUAAGCCACGUGCGUCUCCCAAACAUCAAGAUUUGUGCAAUGCUCCUUCUUUGUCUAUUCGUGUAUGACAUCUUUUGGGUAUUCUUCUCGGAAAGAUUUUUUGGCGCAAAUGUCAUGGUAUCGGUAGCAACGCAGCAAGCAUCAAAUCCCGUGCACACAGUUGCUAAUAGUUUAAGCCUUCCUGGGUUGCAACUAAUAACUAAGAAAUUAGAGUUGCCAGUGAAGAUUGUUUUUCCAAGAAAUUUGCUGGGCGGUGUUGUUCCUGGAGAGAAUGCGACAGACUUCAUGAUGCUUGGUUUAGGAGACAUGGCUAUCCCAGGAAUGCUCCUGGCUUUAGUCCUCUGCUUUGAUUAUCGGAAGAGCAGGGACACAGUAAAUCUCUUUGAGUUACAUUCCUCAAAGGGGCACAAAUACAUAUGGUAUGCACUACCUGGGUAUGCCAUUGGUUUGGUAACUGCUUUGGCGGCUGGUGUCUUGACUCACUCACCUCAACCUGCGCUUCUUUAUCUGGUGCCUUCCACUUUGGGACCUGUAAUUGUGACCUCUUGGAUGAAAAGAGAACUACUUGAGCUGUGGGAAGGAAACAUGCCGAAUCCCAAUGAUAAGGAUCGCGAAAUAGAAGUUUAG